AUGUCACUUGGUGAUAGGUUUUGUAUCACCAAUGUGGUGCUUGUUUUUUUUGUUCAACUCAAAAUUUCUGAUUUUGGUAAUGGAUUAUAUCACCAUUGGGAGUGCUCUAAGAACAGCUUCACCGGAAGUAUCCCUCAAGAGAUUAGCAAGUGUAAGCAGCUACAGACCCUCGAUCUUAGCCAAAAUAAGUUUUCUGGUGUGAUACCCAAUGAUAUUACAGGAAACAAAUCCAUUUGCAAUCUGGAAAAGAUUCUAACACUUAAAUUAUCAAACAAUGCUUUGACUGGUGAAAUCCCUCAUUGUGUUGGAAAUAUCGAGCUCAUAACAUUAUUUCUCCAAUCAAACAAACUGAACGGUACCAUACCCGCAAACUUCUCAAAGUUAUGUGAUUCAUUGAUGUAUCUAGAUCUUAGUGACAAUCAACUCGAAGGAGUUCUACCUAAGUCCUUGUCCAAAUGUCAAAGUCUAGAACUCCUAAAUGUCGGGAACAACAGGCUAAGAGAUAAAUUUCCUUCAUGGUUAGACAACCUCCCACGUCUCCAAGUUUUCAGUGUGCGUUUUAACGCCUUCUACGGUCCUAUAACUAGCUCACCAAAAGUUAAUCACCCAUUUCCUAUGCUACAAAUUAUCGACCUAUCUAACAAUAAGUUUUGUGGCAAGUUGCCAAGAAGAUAUAUCAAAAACUUUGCAACCAUGCGCAAUAUGAAUGAGUCUGGUGUUGGGAAUCCACAGUACCUGGGGGACUCAGUUAGUCCGUACUCUAUGGUAUUGACAUUUAAUGGGUUACAACAAAAAUAUGAAAAGCUUAUUGUGACGAUGUCGACCUUUGAUAUAUCCAACAACAACUUUACUGGACAGAUUCCAUAUGUUAUAGGGGGAUUACACUCACUUCGUAACCUUAAUCUCUCUCAUAAUGUCUUAACCGGGAACAUUCCUCCAUCAAUUGCAAAAUUGUCUUUGCUUCAAGAUUUGGACCUUUCAUCAAACAGACUUACUGGUCGUAUCCCUCAAGAAUUAGUUAGUUUAACAUUUCUUGGGAGCUUCAAUGUUUCGAACAAUCUAUUGGAGGGGUCUAUACCUCAUGGUUUCAACUUCGACACGUACACAGCUAAUUCAUACCAGGGGAAUCUCGAAUUAUGUGGAAAACCAUUACCUGAGUGUGGAGAAAGAAGGGCAAAAGGCACCACUAAUAAUCAAGAUGAUCCUAAAAAUGAUAAUGAACGAAUGUUGUCGAUGUCCGAAAUCGUAGUUAUGGGGUUUGGCAGUGGUGUGCUAGUUGGGUUGGCUUGGGGAUACUAUAUGUUUUCAGUGGGAAAACCCUUUUGGUUUAUCAAGUUGGCUAGCAAAAUGGAAUCAAUAUUGAUUGGUUUUUUUUGACCAGCAAUUUGUUAAGCGAUGACGAGCAUCAAAACAAAAAAUCUAAAAAGUUGGGCAAUAUGCAUUAGUGUAACCUUGUUUUCCAAAGUUAAGCAUUACUAUUAGUGUCUCAAUUCAUAAUAAUAAAAAUUAGCUUGUUCGAGAUUUGUAUUUUUA